GCAGUCUAGUCUGAGCCGUUCGUGCUGUAGGGUGUAUCUCAGGUGCUAACCUCGCCAUGUCCCGGGAGCUGGAGAUCAUGGAGGCGCAGGUGAUGUGGGAACCGGACUCCAAGCGCAACACCCACAUGGAUCAAUUCCGGACAGCCGUGGCCGCGGCUUACGGCAUCCAGCUGGCUAACUACAAUGAACUGUAUCAGUGGUCCGUAGAACACUAUCCAGAUUUCUGGGCAGAAUUCUGGAAGUUCAGCGGUCUGACCUUCUCCCGACUGUAUACGGAGGUGAUUGACUCUUCGAAAGGCAUUGCGGACGUUCCUGAGUGGUUUAGAGGCAGCCGGCUGAACUAUGCUGAGAACCUCCUGAAGCACAAAGAAAACGAUAAAAUCGCUCUCUACGCCGCACAGGAAGGCAAAGAGGAGAUCCUGAAAGUGACUUUUGGGGACCUGAGGCAGCACGUCGCUCUCUACGCCGCCGCCAUGAGGAAGAUGGGAGUGCAGACGGGAGACAGAGUCGUCGGUUAUUUGCCGAACGGGAUCCAUGCAGUGGAAGCCAUGCUGGCAGCUGCGAGCAUCGGUGCCAUUUGGAGUGCGACGUCUCCUGACUUUGGAGUCAAUGGUGUUCUGGACCGGUUUUCUCAGAUUCAGCCCAAGCUGAUCUUUUCCGUCGAAGCUGUCAUCUACAACGGGAAGAAGCACAAUCACUUGGAGAAGCUGCAGAGCGUCGUCAAGGGUCUACCCGACCUACAGAAAGUCGUGGUGGUGCCGUAUGUUUCCUCAAAAGAGUCCAUAGACAUUUCCAAAAUUCCAAACAGCGUCUUCUUGGAAGACUUCCUGGCCGCGGGGAAAGGAGAGCAAGCCCCGCAGCUGGAGUUUGAGCAGCUUCCCUUCUGCCACCCCCUCUUCAUCAUGUACUCCUCCGGCACGACCGGCGCGCCCAAAUGCAUGGUCCACUCUGCAGGGGGCACUUUAAUCCAGCACUUGAAGGAACACAUUCUUCACGGCAACAUGUCGAGUAGUGACGUCAUCAUGUACUACACAACGACCGGCUGGAUGAUGUGGAAUUGGUUGGUGUCUGCUCUGGCUACGGGUGCUUCUGUCGUCCUGUACGACGGGUCGCCGCUGGUGCCGUCUCCAAAUGUCCUCUGGGACCUGGUGGACCGGCUAGGAAUCACCAUCCUCGGCACAGGGGCCAAGUGGCUGGCGGUGCUCGAAGAGAAGAACCUGAAGCCCUGUGAAACUCAUAACCUCCAGACGCUCCACACCAUCCUGUCGACCGGCUCGCCUCUCAAGCCGCAGAGUUACGAGUAUGUCUACAGGUGCAUAAAGAGCAGUGUCCUGCUGGGAUCCAUUUCGGGGGGUACCGAUAUAGUUUCCUGCUUCAUGGGCCAGAACGUCACCAUUCCCGUUCACAAAGGCGAAAUCCAGGCGCGGAAUCUCGGGAUGGCUGUCGAGACCUGGGACGACGAAGGGACGCCAGUCUGGGGGGAAAGCGGGGAGCUGGUGUGCACCAAGCCCAUGCCCUGCCAGCCGACGCAUUUCUGGAACGAUGAAAACGGCAUCAAGUACAGGAAGGCAUAUUUUUCAAGAUUCCCAGGCGUUUGGUCCCACGGAGACUACUGCAAAAUCAACCCCAAGACGGGCGGCAUCGUCAUGCUUGGGCGCAGCGACGGCACGUUGAAUCCGAGCGGGGUGAGGUUUGGGAGUUCGGAGAUCUAUAACAUAGUGGAAGCUUUCGAAGAGGUCUCAGACAGCCUCUGCGUCCCUCAGUACAGCAAGGACGGGGAAGAGCGGGUCAUCCUCUUCCUCAAGAUGGCCACCAACCAGGCGUUCAGCCUGGAGCUCGUGCGGCGGAUCAAGGACGCGAUCCGCGUGGCCCUCUCCGCCAGGCACGUCCCCAGCCUUAUUUUGGAAACAGAAGGCAUUCCGUACACGAUAAAUGGGAAGAAAGUCGAAGUGGCUGUCAAACAGAUCAUCGCUGGGAAGGAAGUGGAUCAGCGGGGCACCUUCUCCAACCCGGAGACGCUGGACCUCUACCGGGACAUCCCUGAGCUCCGCGGCUUCUGAAGCCACUGGCCUUCCCGCCUCCCUGUGUUUGUGUGCGUGCGCGUGCGUGGGGGUUUUUGUACGAUGUAUAUAUGUAUGCGAAUACCUGUGUCUGAAGGGGAGCCUCUUAUUUAAGCAACGGCAUUUCCUCAUUGGGAGGAGAAAUGCCAUCUCUUGGACGCGGCAGAACGUGGCUUGGGGCGGAAGUUGCAGAUUUUUCCAUUAUUUUCAGUGCUCUUCAGCCAGACUGGAAAAGUUCGUUUGCCUCAGCUCGGAGAUCAAGUGUGGGGCCUUUUAUAAGAUGCUUAAGACCUUUUCUCUCCCCCCCCACACACGUACUUUUUGGGGUUUUUUAAAGAGCAACUAACCAGGUUCAGCUCACAGGUAGUCACAUUCCAAUUUGAGGAAAGUGUUUUUUGAGGCAUGUUCUGGCAAACCAUCAGGCUUCUGGGGAAGCCUCUCCUGUCUUGGUUCGAAGGGGAGCUGAUGCCGCACACCUUUCCCCUCCAGAGCAUCACUACGGCACUUGUGCUAUGGAGCAUAGCCACGCGUAGCACUGCUCGCGUAAGAAAGCGUUCUUGGUUCUCAUGGAACAGGGUGAGUCCCAGGAGGGCUGCCGGAGACCCCUGUCCUGAAGGCACAUUGUAGACUGUCUCCCAGAAUGCUUUUCAGCGCACUUAGCACACCAUCUGUUGGCAGCUUGUAGGGAUUGAGUCCCAGGGAAAGAAACUGGACCGGGGAUGGGGCGGGGGGGAGGAGAAGGUGGUCUCUAUUCUUCUGCAGUGUUUACUCGUAUUUUUUUUUUGACAGACACUUUUAGAUAGUCCUGACCUUUUUUUUUAAUAAUAAAGUUUUAAAUUAAACCUUUUAGAACGGUCUUUUGCAGCUAUCCUGAAGAACAGUUUGCUGCUCCAACGUGAAGAGUUUGGCCCUUGACGGGGGACCGUCAGCUUCAUUGUAGCCACCGAGACAAUUUUUGAGAGAGUAGCGACUCUCGAAGCUGACCGUUGUUGACAGGGCCUCAGUGCAGUUAACUUCCCUUGCACUGGCUCUGUUCUCCCCACUCUCCACCCCCCCCCGCAAAGAUUUUGGUAUUGAAGCACGCUCCAUGCGGACCACUUAAAAACCUCGCUUAGAAUAUCAGCACUUCAGAAACGCGAGGGAAGCCUUCGCGUGUAUACAAAGACAGUGCAAAGCCCCGGAACGUGAAAAGUCAGCUUCUGCUAUUGCAGGACUCUCUGCUUGAACACCUGUAAUGGAUGCUUGUUUUCAUUUAACAGUGGGCUGCGUCCAUUGGCUUGCAGUAAGCAAAGGCCUCAUUGGGGCUUUUUUUGUAGCAGGACCUCCUUUGCAUAUUCGGCCACACCCCCCCGAUGUAGCCAAUCCUCCAUGAACUUACAGGGCUCUUCGUACAGGGCCUACUGUAAGCUCCAGGAGGAUUGGCUACAUCAGGGGUGUGUGGCCUAAUAUGCAAAGGAGUUCCUGCUACAAAAAAAAAAAGCCCUGGGCCUCAUUAACUCCGUCUUCUCCAGAGGCUUUGGCAGAGUACACCUGGAAUGUCUCAGCUACGUAAUCCUGUUGGCUUGCGCUUUGGCUUCCACACAGGAAUUGGCAACCGAGACGUAUGAACAGAAAAUUUCAACUUCUCUUCCUGCUGCUGUUGUGUAUAUUUUUGGGAGCCUGCUUAAGAGCCUGGGAUCCUGGCUGGCACAGGGAGAAAUCAGGUGGGAAUAAUGGAGGGCAGAAUGCAUGGGAGUUAAGAGCUAGGCUGGGGCCAACAGGGAAAAGCCCCUUUUUUGGGGGGGGGGGGAUUGAACCCUGUGGGCUGCUAGUUUAUCCCUCUACACCAGAGCCCCACGGAGCUGGACGUUUGUGACCAAUAUAUGUAACUUAUUUAAAAAGAAACGGUGCAGACCCUGAAAAAUGACCUACAGUGGUUUCUUGGUGCUUGGAUCUUUUUUUGGUUUGCAAAGGGAUCUUUUUUUUUUUUUUUAAACCAAAUGAAACAAAACCCGCUGUUACAACUGUGAAAAACUGGUCAGCGGCAGCAGCUGCAGUCUGUUUUCGCAAAAGGGGUUGCAGGUGCCGUAAGGGAAAAUACGUGGCAAACGGGGCAAUUCCCGGACUGCUCUGAAUACGUUGCAGGUAGAUUCUGUAUUUUGGAACUUCAAAGGUAAUCAUGCUGUCGAGUGAGCUUCAAUGCUGUUUUAAGAGAUUUCAACAAUAAAACUGCAGAACGA